CCACCCUGAGAUCUUUCAUCAUCAUCAAUCAAUCUUCUCACACUUCAGUCACAUACAAAAACCACACAAUGCAGAUUCACAAACUCUGUUUCCUUGCUCUGUUCUUAGCUCAAGCAGCCUUUGCCGUCAAGUUCAACUUCAAAACCUUCGAUGGAGACAACUUGUUCUUCCUCGGAGACGCAGAGCUUGGUCCUUCCUCCGACGGUUUAGACCGAUCCGGAGCUUGGUCCAUGACCCGUGACGAAAACCCAUUCUCUCACGGUCAAGGUCUCUACAUCAACCCCAUCCCAUUCAAACCAUCCAACGAUUCAGCUCCUUACUCAUUCGAGACCUCUUUCACCUUCUCCAUCACUCCUCGCACCAAACCAAACUCCGGUCAAGGCCUCGCCUUCAUCGUCGUCCCCACCGUCGACAACUCCGGCGCUUCCGGCGGCGGAUUCCUCGGCAUACUCAACAAAACCAACAACGGGAAGGCGGAGAACAACCUCUUUGCCGUCGAGUUCGACACUUUCCAGAACAAGGAGUUCCAAGACAUUAGUGGCAACCACGUCGGGCUCAACAUCAACUCCAUGACUUCGAACGUCGCGGAGAAAGCUGGUUACUGGGUUCAGACGAGAGUCGGGAAGAGGAAGGUUUGGUCGUUCAAAGAUGUGAACCUGAGCAGUGGAGAGAGGUUCACGGCUUGGAUUGAGUUUAGAAACAAAGACAACAGGAUUACCAUUACGCUCGCGCCUGAGAACAUGAAGAAACCUAAGAGACCUUUGAUCCAAGGCCCGAGAGAGCUCAAUGAUGUUAUUCUACAAAACAGUUACGUCGGUUUUGCUGGUUCCAUGGGACGUGCCGCUGAGCGUCACGAUAUCUGGAGCUGGUCUUUUGAAAAUGCCGCCAAGAACAACUAAACCGGUUUGGUUAAGUCCAGCUUGCGUUAUUUAUGCUCGUUCGAGUGAAUAACGAAGGUUUAAAACCUUAAAACAAAUAAAAAGCCAGAUAUGUGGCUUACUUUGUAUUGUAUUUCAUGUUCUUUUGUAUUCUGAGAUUGACAAUAAAUUAAACUUUCUUUUUAAACU